AUGGUGCCCCAUCUGGUGCCCAGGCAGCUGGUGCGGCUCUUCCGGUGGCAGGUGGCGUGCGCUCGGGGAGCCUCUGUGCAGCCCAGGACAUGGGCAGCGGCGUGCAGGAUCCCCAGCCUGCUCAGCCCUUGGGGGGCCACAGGCACCAGCCACCUGGUCUGCAGAAGCAGCUCCUCCACAUCCCCCUGUGCCCCCGAGGUGGUGCUGACCCAGGAGCGCUACCCCGUGACGCGGCUGCCAUUCUCUGUGGUGUCUGAGGAAGACCUGGAAGCCUUUGAACGCAUCAUCCCUGGCAGGGUUGUCACUGACCCGGAGGUGCUGGAGGCUUCCAACGUGGACUGGCUGAGGACGGUCCGAGGUGGUAGCAAGGUGCUGCUGAGGCCCCGGACCUCCCAGGAGGUGGCUCACAUCCUCAGGUACUGUCACGAGAGGAACCUGGCUGUGAACCCGCAGGGGGGAAACACGGGCAUGGUGGGGGGCAGCGUGCCCGUCUUUGAUGAGAUCAUCUUGUCCACCGCCCAGAUGAACCAGGUCAUCAGCUUCCACAGCGUGUCCGGGACCCUGGUGUGCCAGGCGGGCUGUGUCCUGGAGGAGCUCAGCCACUACGUGGAGGAGAGGGGCUUCGUCAUGCCCCUGGACCUGGGGGCCAAGGGCAGCUGCCACAUCGGGGGGAACGUGGCAACCAACGCUGGUGGCUUGCGGUUUCUGCGCUACGGCUCACUGCAUGGGACUGUCCUGGGCCUGGAAGUGGUACUGGCCGAUGGCACCAUCCUGAAUUGCCUGACCUCCCUGCGGAAGGACAACACGGGCUAUGACCUGAAGCAGCUCUUCAUCGGGUCGGAGGGCACGCUGGGGGUCAUCACGGCUGUGUCCAUCCAGUGUCCGCCCAAGCCCACGGCGGUGAAUGUGGCUUUCCUCGGUUGUCCAGGCUUUGCUGAGGUUUUGCAGACCUUCAGCAGCUGCAGGGGGCUGCUGGGUGAGAUCCUGUCCGCGUACGAGUUCAUGGACGCCGAGUGCAUGCGGCUGGUCACACACCACCUGUGCCUCACCAGCCCGGUGCAAGAAAGUCCAUUCUAUGUCCUCAUCGAGACCUCAGGCUCCAGAGCGGAGCACGAUGCUGAGAAGCUGAGUGACUUCCUGGAGCAGGUGCUGAGCUCCGGCCUGGUGACGGACGGGACUGUGGCCACGGACCAGAUGAAACUCAAGGCGCUGUGGGCCCUGAGGGAGAGGAUCUCGGAGGCGCUGAGCCAGGACGGCUACGUGUACAAAUACGAUCUCUCCCUGCCCACCGAGAGGCUCUAUGACCUCGUGCCCGACCUGCGCGCCCGCCUUGGCUCGCGGGCCAAGCACGUGGUGGGCUAUGGCCACUUGGGGGACGGUAACCUGCACCUCAAUGUGACAUCAGAGGCCUUCAGCCCGUUGCUGCUGGAUGCCCUGGAACCCUACGUGUACGAGUGGACAGCCAGGCAGCGGGGCAGCGUCAGCGCCGAGCACGGCCUGGGCUUCAGGAAGAGGGACGUCCUCAGCUACAGCAAGCCGCCCGAGGCCCUGAGGCUUAUGCAGCAGCUCAAGGCCCUCCUGGACCCCCAGGGCAUCCUGAACCCCUACAAGACACUGCCCGCCCAGGCCUGA